GCGUGUUCCUGGGUGAGGAAGGACCUGGUGGCUAGGGCCUCACCGGCAGCACAGAAGUUCAUCUGGGGCUGCUGCUCUCUUCAAGGACCGGAUGGGACGAUGGGGGUUCAGGCUGGUUGCCCUCCUUCUCCUCUUGUGCCACAGACAGGGCGCUGAAGCCUGCGGUACCAUCGGAUGCUGUUUUCAGAACCCACCAUACCCAGAUGCAGACUCAGGCUCAGCUUCAGGCCCCCGGGCCCUGAGCUGCUACCGGCUGUUCAGCAGCGCUGGUUAUGAAUGUUCCUGGGAGUAUGAGGGCUCUGCAGCUGGAGUCAGCCACUUCCUCAGAUGCUGCCUCCAGUCUGGCCGCUGCUGCUACUUUGCCACAGGCUCGGCCACCAAGCUGCAGUUCUCCGACCAGGAUGGCAUAUCCGUGCUCCACAAUGUCACUCUCUGGGUGGAAUCCCGGGCCGCCAACCGGACAGAGAAGUCCCCCAAUGUUACCCUGAACCUCUACAGCUCGGUUAAAUACGACCCUCCCCCAGGAGACAUCAAGGUGUCCAAGUCAGCAGGGAAGCUGCGUAUGGAGUGGGAGACCCCAGCCCGCCAGGAUGGUGCCGAGGUACAGUUCCGGCACCGCACACCUGGCAGCCCGUGGAAGCUGGGUGACUGUGGACAUCAGGAUGAUGCUGGCUUCGAGUCAUGCCUCUGCCCCUUGGAGAUGGACAUGGCCCAGGAAUUCCAGCUGCGGCGGCGUCUGGGGCCAGGGGUCCCCGGAGGUCCCUGGAGCAGCUGGAGCAGCCCUGUGUGCAUCCCCCCUGAAACCCCUCCACAGGCUGAGGUGAGGUUCUCAGCAGAGCAGCUUCGCCCAAAUGGGAGGAGGCAGGUGACCUUGCAUGAGCAGCUGCCCCAACUGGAGCUUCCAGAAGGCUGCCUUGGGCCUGACCCUGGCAUGGAGGUGACCUACGAGAUCCAUCUCCACAUGCUGUCCUGCCCAUGUAAGACCAGGGCCAAGAAGACUCUGCGCCUGAAGAGAAAGCUCGUCCUCUCGGGUGCUGCCUACGAUCUGACCAUCGUUUCCCAGAAUCGCUUUGGCCUCGGCCCCAAUCAGACAUGGCACAUUCCUGCCUGCAUCCACUCAGAACCAGGGCUUCUGAAUAUCAGUGCCGGAGCCAACGGGACCACCAUACAUUGGCCAGCCCGGGCCCAGGGAAUGAGGUACUGCAUUGAGUGGCAGCUCCAGGGCCAGGAGGAGAACCUUGCCGCCUGCAUCGUGACGGCACCCCAGGACCCAGACGCUGCUGGAAUGGCAACUCACAGCUGGAGCCAAGAAUCUGGGGCACUGGCACAGAAGGCAUGUUACCGCAUUACCAUCUUUGCCUCUGCACACCCGGAGAAGCUAACCUCGUGGUCUACAGUCUUGUCCACCUACCAUUUUGGAGGCAAUGCCUCAGAGGCCGGAAGCCCACAGCACGUGUCGGUGAGGAAGCUCAGCCAGGAUUCAGUGUCUGUGGACUGGACACCAUCUCUGCUGAGCACCUGCCCUGGCGUCCUGAAGGAGUACGUUGUGUACUUCCAGGAGGAGGACAGCAACCAAGCGUCUGAGCUGCAGGUGAGGCCCGCAGAGACCCAGGUCACCCUCCAGGGCCUGCGGGCUGGCGCAGCUUACAAGGUGCAGGUUCGCGCAGACACAGCCAAGUGGAGGGGCGCCUGGAGCCAGCCCCUGCAUUUCACCAUCGAAGCCCCGGUUUCUGAGUUGUCCGGCUUGUCCAUCUUCCUCGCAUCUUUGGGGAGUUUCGUGAGCAUCCUUCUCCUGGGAAUCUUUGGGAGCCUCAGCUUGAACAGGGCUGUAAGGCACCUGUGCCCACCCCUGCCCACACCUGGUGCCAGCACUGCCAUCAAGUUCUCUGGCAGCCAGGGGAAGCAGGUUUGGCAGUGGACCAGCCCAGCAGACUUCCCAGAGGAGGUGUCUCCACACGAGGCCCUGAUGGUGAAUAUAUCCUGGGAAAAAGGCGAGGGAGCUGACAUGGGCACACUUGGGACUCUCAAGGAGAAGAUGGAGCUGCCUCUGCGUGCCCCUAAGCCAGCCCCGGGCACAGAGCUGCCCUUGAAGGACAGGAAGCAGAUGCAAGGCUGCCCUGAGGCUGGGGCUCUGAGGCCUGGCUGGCAGGACGGUCUGGUGGAGGACAGCCUUGCCCAGGUGGCUAGACCCCCACUGCUGCUCCUGGGGGGCCUGAGGCAGGCCCCCAGGUUCGGUUCCCAGGGAGAAACAGGAACAGCUGCCUCCUCUUACAGAGAAGACUGACAACUGCCUCCAGGACGCUGGCUGUUCACUGCACACUCAGCCUGUUUUUUCCAGACACUCACGUGAUGCCCUUGAGCGAUAUGGCUGUCCUAUUGACCUAUUUCAGUGAGCCUCAGUGAGGUUCAGAGAGGGCUAGUGGCUGGCCUGGGACCACACGACACACGCAAGACUCUAAUCCAGGCCGAGUGGCUCAGACUCCAUCCUCACUCCCCAGGCUUUGGAGCCGCUGCCCUCCCUAGACGCCGACUCUGCCCAGCACCACCUGCCACAAUCCUAUGGUGGGAACCUUGCAAACCAUCUUGAAACGGAAGUUUCUGCCCAGGGCCAGGACCUGGCAUCCAUGGAGCAGGGCGCUGUGAUUGGCCUGUUGAGUGGGUGUGGGAUAGACUGAAGGGGCCCCAAAGAGGCUCAGGCUGAUCCCAGAUCCUGGGCUGGGCAUCUUGUCUGAAUGGGGAAUAUGGGUGCUAAAUUCUCUGUUGCACUGCAGGGUCUCCAGGCUUGGAUGACUCAGAUGUGGGGGAAAGAAGGCUAAACAUUCUGAGGGAGGUGAUGGCCCCUCCCUGACCGCAGAUGUCUCGCCUGUAAAGUGGGGGUGAAAAUAUAAAAUA